AUGAAAUUAGUUGAUAAAAUCCUGAGAACAGAGAAUCUAAUUAUUUUGAUAAUUCUAAUUAUAGCCUUAGCUGGGAAUACAUAUACCUAAGAUUCAACAGGACAAAUCAUAGUUUUAUUCACCUUAAUUUGUUACUUGUUGGAUAAAUUGCAAUAUUUAAUUAAUCUUUUGCUCAUCAGUUAUUAAAGAUGGAAAUAACAAUCUAGUAUCAACAACAACAAAUGCCGCAUUUUCCAAAAGUUUCCCAACAUUUCAGAUGAGGAAAUCCAAAAGAUGGAAGAAAAUAAUUAAGAUUAUAUUGAAUUUAAGUCGUAUCUCACAAUAAAAUGGUGUGAAUUACAAGUUGGAUAGAUAGUCUGUUUAAAACAUGGAAAGCAAAGUCCUGCUGAUCUUUUGAUUCUCGAUUCAAGUCAGGAAUAAGUGCUUGCUGAUUAUGAAUUGCGUAUUCCUUGUCCAUGUACCUUUGUGAAUGUGAAUCACAAUUCUAAAGGUAAUAUUAUGGAUUUCAUAACUAAAUUAAAUGGCUCCAUCUCCUUCACUGUGUAAGAAAGUAUUACUGGAAGUAUUAAGUUGAAAAACGAUCCCAAAGCCACCUCUUUCAAUAAAAAGAAUAUGAUAAUGAGAGGUGAAAUUAUGGACAGAGCAGAUUGGAUUUUUGGAUUGGCUAUAAGAGUUGGCGACGAUUGCCGUUAUGUAUAAACAAAUCUUAAUAAGCAAAGCUUUUAAUCAUAAAGUUGGUUAAGAGACUUCCACACUUAAAUCGUGUGUCUAUGUGGAGUAUUAUUUUCAAUAUGCUUUAUUCCUAAUAUCAUAUACUCAUCUCUAACUCAAACUGAUUACUUUUUUGAUAGUUUAAUCUAUUGCUUAUUGAUCUUUCCAUAAGCUCUAUUAUUGGUAGAAAAAAUAUGGUAUUUUUGUAUAUUAUUGUAUAACAAUUAGUUAUUUGAAAAACACUAAAUUUAACAAGCAUUAAAAGAUUCAAAAUAAACUGAUUAGAAAAUAAAAACUGAAUAUAAUCAUGUAACCAUUACAUCUUAGAAUGAAAGAAAGAUAUUAAUGCCUAUAAAAAAGAAAUUUAGUUUGAAUUUAAUACCAGCAUCAAGUUAAUUAAGACUAAUGAAGCAUAAUAGUAACAAAUAAAAUAUAAGUGGCUUUUUGGCUUUAGCACCUCAGAACAUUUUGGAUCUAAUUUAAACAGACAUCAUCGUAUUUGAAAAUCCUUAGCAUUUAUUCAAAGAAUCACCAAAGGUCGUUUAAUUGGUGUAGAACUUUAAGAACUAUCAAUUCAAUUAUGAUAAACUGAAAGAUCUUGUCACAAAGGCUUCCCCUUAACAUAAAACUAAUUGCGAUAAAAUGUUAAUUGACACUAAUCGUUAAUAAACAUAAGAUGAGAUGAAAACCUUGGAUAUUGAAAUGCUAAUCCAAGAAAAAAGAGUACCUGAUUUAAGAAGCUCAUAAGAGUCAUUUGUAUCCACAAAAUAAAUCAAGAAAUUAUAAUUUAUGAGAAAAGACACUCUUUCUGAUUUCAAGUAGUAAGAACCAAAAUUAGCCAAUGGAAUUGGAAAGAAAAAGAGCUCUAGAUUCAUCUUCGAUUAAUCAUUUGCUGCCAAAUCUAAUCACUAAUCAAAUACACAUGAUAGUAGUAAAGAUAUAUCCAAUAAUAAUGGUUCACAAUCCUUUCAAUCUCCACCCAUAUUAAAAUAAAAAAGUUAAUUCAAUCGUUAAGGAACUUAAUUUAAAAAUAAUUCAUCAUCAUUUUAAAAUUCCCAAUCAAAGUUAAAUGAAGCUAAUUAAGAUAGAUUAAUUGGCGAUAUCUUAAAUGAACAAGAUUUCAUAGAUGUACUAUAUAGUAAAGAUGACACUAUUCAUAAUGAAAUCUUAAUAAUGAUGCUAAUUACAAAUAGUGUUAUGACUCUUUAUAAUGAAAAGUUACAGAAAUUAGAAUUCAAUUUUGAAAAUAAAUAUGAUCAAUCCAUACUUUAAUUUACUGAGCUAUUUGAUUAUUGUCUUGUGUGUGCUACUGAAAUUGAAAAUUCAAGACCAGAAUUCAAUAUGAAAACUAUUAUUAAAAAGGUAAUCACCAUUUCCAAUAUAUCUAAAAUAUUUGAUGUAUUGACAUUCUUAGAACCAACUGAAAAUAGAAAAAAUACAUUAUCUGUGUUAGUGAGAGAUCCAGAGUCUUUUUUAUUAGAUGAAGGAGCAUUACUAUAUUCACGCAUCGAAACUAGCAAUUAUAGUUAAUAGGAAAAUAAGUACAAUGAAUUUUUAUCUGAAAUGUCAUGGGAUGGACAAAAGACCUUUUUAUACACAAAGAAACAAUUAGAUUAAACAUAAACUGAUGAAUUCUUAAAGAAACUCUCGGCAAUUUAUGAAACUUAUGGUAAUAGAUCUCAUGAAAUUGAAAAAUUGUUUAUUGAAUUAGAGUAAUAAAGUGAGCCUAUGUUUUCUAUUGGGAUCAAAUCACACAAUUCAAAUUGUUUAGUACUUUCUUCUUAAGAAUUAAAUUAUGAUAUUUUAGAUCAAGACAAAAUAUUCUAGCAUCUAUAUAACUUCAAUUUGAAAACCUGCUUUAUUACCUAAUAUAGUUAUGAUGAACUAUUAAUAUUCUUAAGAAGCUUUUAAAUUAUACGUUCUAGAGAAUAGAUAGUAGAAUUCAAGGAAAAAGAUAAAUAACAAUUACAGUUCAAAGUCAAAUAGCAUAUUUAAGCCUUAUUAGAGAAUUAAAAUGCUAAUUAAAAUGAAGAACAAUUUAUUAUUGUUAGUUCUCAAGCUUUUAACACAAUUAUAAAAGACGAUUAUCUAAAAUACCAUUUUAUAUUUAUUGUUUAAUUCUCUUUUGGACUAGGGGCUUACCAAUUAAAUAGUGUCUAGAAAGGAAAACUAAUAAAAUUGCUGAAAAUGGCUGAUAAAAAGAUACUGACAGUAGGGAACUCUUUAGAUAAUGGGUAUAUGUUUUCAAAAUCAGAUGUUUCAGUCAGUUUGUUAAGAAAUAAAUCAUUAGUAUCUACUUUACACCCAAAAUUUGUCACAUCUAACAUGAAAUAGCUUUUUAGAAUGUUAUUCAUUUAUUGUCCAAAACAAAUGUUAAACUACUUGGCAAUUAUAGAAGUUUAACUGUAUAGAUGCACUUUGAUAGGACUAACCAUUUUUGCUGGUCAUUUUGAAUUAAACGAUAUUAACAUGUUUUACUUGUUAUUAUUCUAUUUAAUACCAAGCAAUCUACUGUCAAGUGUCUAAUAUUACUAUUUGUUUGUGUUACACACUAAAUAGUAAUUGAAGAAUGCAAAUAAUUAUGCACGGUUGUUGUAGAAUUUAAAAAAUAAGAUUUUAUUAAAGUCAGCCUUAAAAAUCAUUCUAAUAGCGAUAAUCGAUUUUUUUAUAUUGAUUUUAAUCCAUAAUUCUAUUUUAAAUUUCGUAUCUUUAAAUGGUAGGGUUAAUUAGACUUAGUAAAUAAUAUUGCUUUAUUUAGCUUUGGAGAUUUUGGAGAAAUCUAAAAUAAUAUUUUAUAUCUUCUCCCUCUCAACUCAGCUCCAACAAAAAAUAAUACAAAUAUGCUUGAACAUUGUAAUGGUAACAAUACUCAUAAUUAUAUAUAACAUCAUAUAAACAAUUGAGGAUGAUCAAAUGAUAAUAGAAGAAUUUGAUCUUGAGAAUUUUGUAGCUUUUAUUUUUAUAGCAGUGUUUGUACUUGGUCUUUCAUAUAUUUUCUAUGAGAUCUUGUAAAUUUUCUCAAUUUAAUUUGUGCUUCCAUCUGACUUAUAUUCAUUUGAUUAGAAUUAUCAAGAGAUAAAAUCAUUGAGGGACAAUAUCUCAUCUUAAAAUUCCCUUAGUGAAUUUGAGGAUGAAAAAUUAAGAGUGUUUAAUUAAAAAUUAAAACAAUUAACUGAUUAAUUAUUUGAUAAUAAAGAUAUAAUUGAAGAGUGCAUUAUAAAACAAAUUAAAGGAGAUUAGUCUCUAAUAGAUGAAAUGGAUAAACUCCAUGGAUUUUAAGAUAAGAAAACAGAGUCAUCUUUUUAAGAUUUUUUUAGAGAACAAAACAAUCAUAGAUUCAAUAUUGUUUAUGCAUUUAUCUUUUAUGAUAUCUGCAUCAUCAAUAUGUAUCUUUAUUAAAUAUUUACUGAAGAUAUUUUUUAGUUCUCCAUCCUCAUAACUACGGUAAUAUAAUUUGUAAUCCAAAUUUUUAUAGCCUUCUUAUAAUUCAGAGUUAUAAAUGAUAAAAAGAACAAACAAAACUUACAAAUUCUCUCUUAUAUUCUAAGGUUCCUAUUUUAAAUAAUAAUCGACAUUCUCUAUUUUGAGAGUGAGUAAACAUUUGUAGGAUAUAUAUUCAAUUAUUCAUUUAUAUUGGCAUUUUCAAUGACAACCCAACCUAAAAUACCUAUAUUGUUAUAUGUAACACUGUAAUUAAUUAAUUACGUGAUCAAUUUACUCUCUGAUGGAUUUACAAUGACCUAUUCAGAUUAUACCGUUCUGAUAUUUUGCAUUGCUAAAUAUAGUUUACUCUUAUUAGAAGUAUCUUAUCCAGUCUUUUAAAUGGUUCAAAAAACUCACUUUUUAUAAAGAUCCUUUUACAUUUAUUAAAACAGAUUAAAUAAUGAGAAGAAGAAGAUCAACAACAUUCUAGGACUGUUAAUGCCAAGAUUUAUAUAGGAGAGAAUGAAUAAGGGGUAGAUUCAAAUAUCUCAAGAUCAAGGGGAUGUGACUGUGUUAUUUUGUGAUAUCUAUUAAUUCGAUAAGGUGAUUAAAUUUCAAUAAGAAAACAUCCUUGAUUUUUUGGAUACUCUCUAUAGAGCAUUUGAUUAACUUUGUUAAACAUAUGAUUUAUAAAAGAUUGAGACUGUAGGUAAGACUUAUAUGGCAGCUGGGGGUCUCAAAGAUUAUGAUGCAGUUAUAAAUUAAAAAAAUUCCAAUAGCACCACAAGAGCUUUAGAGACAGCAAUUGCAAUGAUGGAAACAGUUAAGACAAUGAAGUAUGGAGACAACUAAGAUGUCAAACUUAAAAUAGGAAUUCAUUAUGGAAGAGUGAUUGCUGGUGUGAUAGGAUUUCAUAAACCGUAAUUUUCAUUGAUAGGAGAUACUGUUAAUACUACUAGUAGAGUAUGCAGUACUAGUGAUGCUGGUUUUAUCACUUUAAGUGAAUCUGCUUAUAAUCAUAUCAAAGACACUACUAAACAUUAAUUCGAAUAAAAGUCAGUGGCUGCUAAAGGCAAAGGGACUCUUGAAACUUUUAGAUUGAAAAUAUGCAUUAAAGAGAAGGACCCAAGCAAGAGUAUUACUCCAAAGGCUUGUUUAGAUAAGAAUGACAAAAACUUUGAAUUAGAUUGUAAAGUGUAAAUAAUGCCAUUGAAAAAUUCAGAUAAUAGUAAAACACCCCUCAAAGGAGGACUGAGAAGAACUUCUUUAAUGAAUUAAACAGGAAUUCCUAAUGACACAAAAGCACCUUUAGUUUUAUUCAAAUAGAUCUCGAAAGACAUUAAAAAUAAAUAGUAACCUUCAGUCAUAAUCAAGAAAAAGUCAUCUAUUGAACAUGAUUGUAAAGAUUUAGAUUUAAAAAGAUUGAAUUCUUAAAAAUCAAAAUCAGGAUCUAAUCUAGAUAAUGAUAAUUAGUCAUAAAUUCAUCAGAAGGCAAAAACUCCAGCCUUAAUCAGUACCAUGAGAAACAGUAUAAAUACACAUAGGAGAUUAAUUAGAUAAUCAGAAGAUGGCACUAAUAAUAAUAAUAAUAAUGGAACUUUAUAAUAAAUAUCGAUGACUCACUUUUCACAAAUUGAUUUGAAAACCCAACCCUAAUUAAUUUAAUCUCAUAUCCAAACCAAUUAAAGUCCUAAUAACAAUUAGUAACCUAUAAUUAACUCAUUUUAAUAAGCUUCUUAAAAUUAGUUACUUUUAAUAGCUGAACAUCCAAGCAAAGAGAGUUUAUAGCAAGAGAAGAAUGAAGAUGAAGUUUAAAUUCCUUAAUAGCAAGUCCAGCAAUAGAUUUAAAGGCCUUAAUUGAAAAAGAAAGGAACAAUAAUUAUGGUAGAUUUAGUACAAUAAAAGAAAAGUUGUUUAAUGAAAUCAAAUACAAGAAUAAUGAUUCCUGAAGAAAAGGAUAAAGAUAGGGUGGUUAAAAUAGCUUAAAUUGAUAAUGAUUAAUAAGCUGAAUAAGUGGGAAGAAGGCAGAUCAUCAAAUAAAAGUCAAUAAAGCCUAUUUAAUAGGAACCAUCGGAUUCUGCAAUUAAGAAGUAUGAUAGCAUCUUGGAAAAGUUUGAGGAGUUAGAAGUUAAUAAGAGAUAGGGCAUUUCCAUGCUUUAGAAAAAAUUAGAUCUUAUGAAAUUGAAGAACAUCAAAAAAUUCAAAUUAGACUUUGAUAAGGAUUAUGAUUCUGAAUAAUUUAAAAGCUAUUAUGAUAGUAAGGAUCAAAUAUAAUACUAUUAAAUUUAUGAAGAAUAUAAAGAUCAAGAAUUGAUUAAAUUUAGAUCAACCUUUUCAUUCUUAUUAGUCUUAAUGAUUUUUAAAAGUCUGUUAUACUUUUUAUUAGAAAACUUAAGUUCAAAAUCUCAAAUUGAACUAUUAAUAACAGUAUUGUGUUAAAUUUCAAUAAGCUUGGGGUUGGCAAUCCCAAUCUAUAAGUAUAGGGAAUAAUCAGACAUUUUAAAAAUAAAGACUUUAGGAUUUAUAUAUUUCAUAACUACAAAUCUCUUGAAUCUUCUUUUGAUUUAAUUUAGUGAAGCAACAAAUUACUAAGUAAUCUUAUAAACUUGUCAGAUAACAUCAAUUUAUGUUAAUUUAUUCUACUUAUAAAUGUUGAUAGUGCCAGACAAAUAUAAAUUAUUGAUAACCUACAUUAUUUUAAUAGUUUUGGUCACUGUGUAUGAAUAAUUUAUACUAGAAAUACUAUUUUUUGGACUAAGUAUAAUAGGAAUUACUUUCUAUUCUUAACAUUAAAUUAAUUAAAUAUUAGUGAAGAAUUAUAAGGUAAGUUAAUAAUUGUAAAUAUAAAUUGCAAAGUAUGAAAACAUGUUAUAAUAUUUGAUGCCCCCACAUGCAUUAAAACGGCUAUUGUAACCAGAUUAAGACAACACAGAAACCUUUAUUGAUGUAUUAGAGAAUGCAACAGUGUUAUUUGCAGAUAUCGCAGGAUUUACAAAAUAUUCUAGUUCUGUGGAACCAGAAACAGUUGUUGAAAUGCUUAGAAACUUAUUUUAAACUUUUGAUGAGUUUUGUUAAAUGACUUAGGUGUAUAAAUUAUUCACAAUAGGAGACUGUUACGUUUGUAUGGGAGUUAUGGAUUUGAAUUAAAGAGAUCCUGCUGAAGAAGCUUAAAAUGUAUUGGUUUUUGGUUUGAAAAUGAUUUAAAUUAUCAAUGAUUGCAAUAAAGAUCCCUAAUAUUAACAUCUUAAUAUGAGAAUUGGAGUACACACAGGCAAAGUCCUUGGGGGAGUUGUUGGUACAGAUGUUGUCAGAUAUGAUAUCUAUGGAGAAGAUGUGACUAUUGCUAAUCUCAUGGAAUCAUCAGGCUCUGAAGGCAAAAUGUUAGUAAGUGAACAUACAAAAAAUUUAGUGGAGAGUGUUUAUGAAGAUUUCAAAUUUGAAUAUGCUAAGGAUGUUUAUAUUCCUUCUAAAGAUAUUACAUUACCUACUUUCUUUGUACAACUCAAUGAUCUAGUGUUUAGUUAGGAAGAAUGA